AGACGAAAGAAAAAUCAUAAAAUCCCACUCCAAAAAGAAGAAAAGGUGAAAGAAAAAUGGCAUCGAACAAUAUUCCAACGCUUGUUCUAGGCUCUUCUGCUGGGGAAAGAGCCAUCCCUGUAAUUGGCUUUGGAACUGCUUCAAACGACUCAGAUCCAGCUCCCAUGAAAAGGGCUGUCUUGGAAGCUAUCAAGCUGGGCUUCAGGCACUUCGACACGGCCUCUGUAUAUGGUUCAGAACAGGGUCUUGGGGAAGCCAUAGCCGAAGCUCUCAAACUCGGCCUUGUUGCUUCUCGAAAUGAACUUUUCAUCACUACCAAGCUUUGGUGUAAUGAUAGUCACUCUCAUCUCGUUGUCUCUGCUCUUAAAACAUCACUCGAGAAACUUCAACUCGAGUAUCUUGACUUGUAUCUGGUACACUGGCCCAUAAGUUCAACGCCAGGGAACACGGUGUAUCCCAUUGAUGAAAAGGACCUAAUGCCAAUGGACUUUAAGUCUGUAUGGGAAACCAUGGAAGAAUGUCAGAAACUUGGCCUCACCAAGUCCAUUGGUGUUAGCAAUUUCUCUUGCAAGAAGCUUGAGAGCAUUCUCUCUUUCGCCACUAUCCCUCCUUCUGUCAAUCAAGUGGAGAUGAACCCAACUUGGCAACAAAAAAAGCUAAGAAAGUUUUGUGGUGAAAAAAAUAUAAUUGUGACUGCUUUCUCUCCAUUGGGGGCUAUAGCAACUAGUUGGGGUAACAAUCUGGUGAUGGAUAAUGAAAUACUUGCAGACAUCGCCAAAGCUAGAGGAAAGAGUGUUGCUCAGGUUUGUCUUAGGUGGGUUUAUGAGCAAGGUGCAAGUGUUGUUUGUAAGAGUUACAACAAGGAGAGGCUGAAGCAGAACCUUCAAAUAUUUGAUUGGUCACUAACAGAGGAUGAUCUUCACAGGAUUGAAUCGAUUCCACAAAACAAAGUGAAUGUUAGUCCUGCUUCUGUUUCGCCUGAUCAAACCUCAUGCGAAGCACUUAAAGAACUUUGGGAUGGAGAGAUCUAAUUACACUGUGCUAAAAAUAAAUAAAUACAUAUACAUACAUAUAUAUAUAUAUAUUUGUGUGUGUAUGUAGGCAGUGUGUUACUUUCCUUGUUUUCGAAUAAAGGUUCACUUUGGUUGUUUUCGUAAAUCAUGUAUUUAAGGAGAGUUCUGGUUUUAAUGGCUUUAAUUAAUUAGUUGUA